CGUGCCAUGAGGACCCUGUGGAUGGCGCUGUGCGCGCUGGCGCGGCUGUGGCCCGGGGCCCUGGCCGGUUGCGCAGACGCGGGGCGCUGCUGCCCCGGCCGGGACCCCGCCUGCUUCGCGCACGGCUGGAGGCAGGACAGGGUCUACGGGACGUGCUUCUGCGACCAAGCCUGCCGCCUCACCGGGGACUGCUGCUUCGACUACUCCAGGGCGUGCCCAGCUCGCCCGUGCAUCGUGGGGGAGUGGAGCCCCUGGAGCGGUUGUGCGGACCAGUGCAGACCCACGGCCCGCGUGCGGAGGCGCGCGGUGCGGCAGGAGCCCCGGAACGGCGGCGAGCCCUGCCCGGCCCUGGAGGAGAGAGCCGGCUGCCUGGAGUACGCGACGCACCAGGGCCAGGACUGCGGGCACGCCUUCGUCCCUGCCUUUAUAACUACCUCUGCGUUCAACAAGGAGCGAACAAGACAAGCGGCCUCCCCGCAGUGGUCCACAGACACAGAGGAUGCUGGAUACUGUAUGGAGUUCAAGACAGAGUCAUUGACUCCCCACUGCGCCACGGAAAACCGGCCCCUGACCCGAUGGAUGCAGUAUCUCCGAGAGGGCUACACGGUGUGUGUGGAUUGUCAGCCUCCAGCUAUGAACUCUGCGAGCCUUCGAUGUUCUGGAGACGGCCUGGACUCUGACGGAAAUCAGACCCUCCACUGGCAAGCAAUUGGCAAUCCUCGAUGUCAAGGAACUUGGAAAAAAGUUCGGCGAGUAGAACAAUGUUCCUGCCCAGCUGUUCACAGUUUUAUUUUUAUAUAGAUCGUGAUAUAAGUAUUUCAAAGUGUGUUUGUAAACAUGCUAAAUACUAGCAAGUCAUGCUCAACGCUUCAUAAUUCUUUAAAAACUCUUUGGCCAAAGUUCCUGAAUAUAUGUCAUUGCCACACUCUGAAGUAGAGAAAGGAAAUUUGGGGGCCAGUUCUCAAGAAACACAGUGCCUUUAUUUUCAUUUUUACUAAGUUGAGGACCCACCCUAAAGUCUCCUGUGGUUUUCUGUCCUCAAUCUGUCACCUGGAGUCU